UGUUUUUAUCAUCGCAACUGCCAGGAGAUCAAUCAAUAAUAGUCCAUUUGGACAUCCUGCGUUAUGCAACCGAUGCAAGUACAGAGCAAACUAUAAAUAGAAGCGAUCAGACGUUAAAUAUGAAAUAGUUCAGACCGGCCAUACUGCAAAGGAAGCGUUUGGAUGUUUGAGUGGUCUUAUAAGRAGGACGAACCGGGGAUCAUCAUCGAUACCCCAUUAUUAAGUCGACUCAAGUGGACGACUGAGCCGGCUUACGUUGGUUGUGAGUCAUACUAAUGAGAUAAAAGUAUCUUCAUGUGCUAUCAAAAACCGAUAUGGUCAAAUUAUGGCAGCUCCACGUAGUCCUAAAGAAGCAAACUUAAUCCAAGCAUAACUGCCGCGAAACUUUGCUUUGGACAUGAAGUUGUACUGGCAGGUGGGCGUGACUCUGUUUAUGUCAUUAUUAAUAUUUYACUUUGAUGGACAGCCGAAUUGCUCUCAAGAAAAUAACAGCAGUUUUGCAAAGCUUCAGCUUAACAAGAGAUAUAUAUCUUACGGUGUUACUGAAGAUGAAGGAUUUAACAGCAGACUUGACGUUUUUAUUCGAGUUGCAAACUUGAUCAAAUCAUUGCAGAAAAAGGAACAAAACUUGAUUUUAGUACUACCCCCAUGGGAACAUCUUAGACACUGGAAAUCUCCCUUUUCCCAGGAAAAGAUACCUUGGAGAAYGUUUUUCGACUUAAAAARUUUAAAAGCGUACUUAGAUGUUAUUGAAAUGGAUGAUUUGUUAGAAAUGGAAGCGGCAUUUCAGUUUGAUAAAGUUUAUAUCCUUCAAAGAGAUUUACAUUUAGUCUUCGAAGAUAACGAGAUUGUCGAGAGGUCRCCUUGUUUAGUGAUUCCGGAAUAUCAUCGUGACAUCACUGGAUUGUACAGAGGAAUUCUGGGAUACAAUGAGCUGUUUACGCAUGAAUAUGAAUGUUUAUCUUUGCGUGGCACUGGUCGAAAAAUUCUGAAAUUCCUGACUAGCAGCGCAAUAUUAAAGAGAAAAACAAGAUCCAUAUUUGUUGACCGUUUUGAAGAAGUCCUACACAUUCAUUAUGGACAAAGGGAUUAUUGGGAAGCCAGAAGAAGUUUGGUGUUUGCAAAGCAUUUACGUGAUGAAGGUGACAAAUUCCGCAGAGAAAAACUCAAUUCUACUGAUGAAGAAGAUGAAACAGUGAUGGAUGACGACUGGAGAAAGAACAGAAAGAAAGAAGGCUCUGCCAAAGGUGGACCAUAUCUUGCUGUUCAUUUAAGAAGAGCUGAUUUCCUUUAUGCCCAUCCAGAAAAGGUGCCAUCUCUUGAUGGAGUUGUUAAGCAAAUAAAGAAACUAUUAAAGAAACACAAAUUAGAAAAGGUGUUUGUAGCAACAGAUACUGAAACCAAAGAUAUCAAGUACCUCAAAAAGAAACUACCUUUAGUGAAGUAUGUGCCAAAAAAGUCAUUACUGGAGAAAUAUGGAGAUGGAGGAGUUGCCAUUAUUGACCAGUGGAUUUGUGCACAUGCAAAGUUUUUCAUAGGAACUUGUGAAUCAACAUUUUCAUUUAGAAUUCAUGAAGAGAGAGACAUUUUAGGUUUCCAUGGUGAUCAAACGUUUAACUGUCUAUGUGGUGAUAAAGAGAUUGGGAAGUGUGAACAGCCUACUAAAUGGAGAAUAGUUUAUUAGAAAGAGAUUCCAAAUACAAUAUAUGAAGGAAGUCAAUCUAAUUUUAUCAACAUAUAAAAGUUAAUCACCUUUCUUUCAUCUUUGCAUAUCUCAUAUCUCAUCUCUCAGUUCAGCUGUUGAUAGACUGAAUGCAUUUAAUCCAUGAAUGUAUACUACAYAAAAAUAGCACAAAAUUGUAUGUACUAAAUCUGGUACUUCUUUGAAUGACCACGAUUGUUCUUUGUGAACGACACUUAUUAAAUUGGACAACACAGUGUACUAAAUAGGGUGUCAGUACAAUUUAAGGGAUUAUGUGCUUUCACUCUAGUGUUGUAACUAUCUCAUAAAUGCAUAUAUCUCAAAUAAAUUUAGUAAGAUUUGUCAUAAACAUAAGACUAGUUAGCAUUUGCUUCUAUAAAAAUUAUAAGGRCCUUUAUUUAAAUGAAAGUACUUUAGGUAGGUAGAUAAUAAUAAUAAUUGGGGACAUAAACCUUACAAGGUGGCAAGAAAAGAGAAUUAAAACAUCCAACUUGUCAUUAAACUGAAGUUUGUGAACUAAGUUUGUUGCCUUUACUUGGAAAAUUAAUAACAGCAAACUGUUACACAAACUUGUUAUUUGUACAACAAGAUGGCUCAACCUGCAGCAUCUAUGUUUGGUGUUUGACAAGUUAGAUGGGCAUCUSACCAUCUGACAGUUUUGACAUCCCUGUCAAUUGUAAAAUCAAUAUCACAACAURCAUGUAAGUAACAGGUGAAGCCUAGAAAAUAUUUUUGAAAUACAGUUUUAAACAAAGAGCAAUUAUAUUCAAAAUUAGGAAUUGAUUCUAGCAACAAAGAGUUCAGUAUGUAAUAAACUUUAUUUAAACAAAGUGUUA